AUGGUCAAAACAGAGCCUGAAGAUCACGAAUUCGUGGUACUGUCUUCGGAUCCUGUUGAGCCCCCAGCUCUUCCUACACAGUCACAGCCUGCAGCCAAGGUAGAGCCUGCAGACUACAAGAAAGUCAAGGAUUUAUUGGAUGCUCUCGAGCUGCCCACUAUCGUCAUAACAUCACAGUCUAUGGCCAAAACAGAACAUAAGGAGCAUGGAGGCAUGGAGCUCUCAAGAUCUCUCACUGAGGGAUUUGAGGAAGAUCACAAAGCCAUGAAAGUCAUCGUCAGGCCACACAGCAGCUCCAACAAGCUCCCCAGACCCUACGGUAGUCCUAAUGUUGGUCUGAGAGACUCCACCGCAGCCAGUACACGACGCAGCCGGCCGUCCAGCACCAGAAGUACCCGCCCAACCGGUGGCUGGGCGGGACAGUCGGCACUGACCAGGCAGAGUAAAGAGGCUGCAUUGGCCAAACUUGUCGACGAGGUCAUACAGGCCAGAGAGCAGGCACAGGCUGAAAAUAAUAGCCGACCUGCAGACCCACCCAAAGUUCUCCCGAACAUGACUCAUGCAGAUCGGGACGUACUGCUUUCCAAAUGCGAGAACACAGAAUGGCUUGCUAGGAUUGUAGGCACAGAGCUGUGUGGGCAUGAAAUGCUCUAUCUGGAACGAGAAGCACUCAACCUCCUGGACCACGAUGGCAACUCCUGCAUAAAAAUGGAUCCCGGCGCCUCCGUAUACGACUUGUCGAGCAUCAAAGCUGCACGGCGUUCUACUAUGUGA